UCUGGGGGUGGUGAUUGGUUGUGAGUGAUGGGGCGUGGUCAUUGUGGGAGGGGCUCGGUCUGCGGUGAUCUGGGUGAGUCAGUGCCCGGCGCAGUGUACGGGAGGAGCUGUCACCGGGAGCAGAGCAGGCGGUAGUUUCUGGAGAAGUGAUGUGCGGUUCAUCCCUGUGGCAGAGAGAAGGUUAAAGCUUUGGAUCAGGUGGUUUCUUGGGAUGUUUUUCGCUGUCAUGUGACUGCACUCUGGCCCCUCCCCCUCAUGUUUUGCUGUCAUGGAUGACUCUACACCCGGUGUCCCCCGCGUUCUGCUCCUCGUUGCGCUGCUUCUCCUCUCAGUCUCCGGCUCCCAGAAAUGUGUCCCUCGGCCCGUCCUAGAUAUGGUGAUCGACAUCAAUCAGGCAGUGGCGCGCGGCGCCCGAUUCACCGACCCGUUAAGAGUGAGCAGUGAGGAGGAGUGCCUGACCGCCUGCUGCACGCAACGCGACCAGGGAGGCGAUCGGGACUGUAAUCUUCUCGUCUUUGAUGCCAGGAAAGACCCCGGACUCCAGAACUGUUACAUCUUCCACUGCCCCACAGAGACCUCCUGCCCCCUGUCGCCCAGUCCUGGGGUUCUCACUUACAGCUUCUUUACAGAAACGUUGCAACGUCCGAAGCCAAGCAAUCACAGCAUCAAAAAACCCAGUGCUGCUAUUGGCUCGCAGGGAUCAGCCAAACACUACACUGAGAAGGAUCAGACCGACGCCUCCAAGAGCAUCACCAGCCGCCUCCUGCACCUGACGGAUAAGAUCGACCAACGUCUGGAGAAGAUGGAGUCUGAGGGCGACCUCCACGUUCGCUACCCCUCCCCCACUACCAUCUUAGUGCCCGCUAUCCAGACCACUACCACCCCUGUACAUAGAGAAGGGAAGAAAGUGCCCCCUGACGCCAAGGUGGCAAAACCCGUCAGAGUCACAAAUAAGAAACCAGACCCCUUGAAAAUCUAUUUCCCCACUGAAGCCGCCAAGACAAUGGGCACCUUGCCCAUCAGGACUUCACCGAGGAUCGGCACCUCCUCAGCCCCCCAGCCUGUGCCCCCUGCCGCUUCACAGGAUGUAAGUGGUGCCAAAAAAGUGGCCAGCUCCAGUAAGAGUGCCAAGCUGCCCGGGAGCGGCCAUGUUGCUGUGGUAUCACCAAAGGUCAACCGGCCCCUGACCCACACAGAGGGCCCGGAACUUAAGUCGGUGCAUCAGACCAGAGCCCCCCAGAUAGUGACUCACCCCGCGCCCUUAUGGACUUCACCCUGGAAGGGUGUAGACAAAGCGUCCACGGGUGGUGAUGAAGGCGAUACGGCUGAAACCCAUCCCCCACUGCAGGAAGAACCAGCUGUCAAUCUUAAGGAAGCUCCCCGGAACACGGAGAGUGGGGCAGUGACUCUGGGCGGGGUCUUCCCCUCUUUGGAGGAUAAGAGUGGCCUGGUGGCGGCGCUAGUUUUUGGGCUGUUGUUUCUCAUUGUGGUUAUCGGACUGGUCAGCCGCAAAGUGUCAGAGGCGCGGCGGAGACAUCGCUACACCAAACUGGACUAUCUGAUCAAUGGGAUGUAUGUGGACACCUGAGAGGGGGGGGGGUUAAGGGGUCCGCACCCACCAUAGACUGGUCACCCACCUAUACUGACAUGGGGGAGGGGGGCACAGUUAUAAAACACCCAUCACAUGACUCCUGCUGCACAAUGUGGUGACGCAACUUGUCCGACAGACUCAUGUAGCUGCUGCCGCACCGGAGCAAAGUAACGCGUGCGCAGCGACCGAGCGGACGGAUGUGUAAUUAUCUUGUGUCUGCGGAAACCAGAGAAAAUAAAGGAGAAAUCCAGGGAAAAUUUAUAAUUGUUUUAUUU